AUGAUAUCUUAUAAAGAUAUAUUUGAUCUAGAUGAUACCGGUAUAAUACCACCAGUGGAUGAGAAAAGCGAUACUAUCUACAGACAGAGCCAAAUUAGUGUGAUCAGGGCAGAGGCUGGUGAGGGAAGCGAUGCUGGAAAGCUGAACAACUUCAACUUCGAUGAGGGUAUGCUGGAACCGGGCGUCCCCGAGUAUAAUGACGCCAAAGACAAGACACAAAUCACUGACAUGGUAGUAAGAAAGAAGGAAGAGGGAACAGGGGCUACAAUAAACCCUGUCUCGAGGGGUAACAGCAGUGCUGAAUGGAAACUUCGUAGGGUAAUCGCAGAUGCCCAUCAAGGAUGGGUGCGAUGCAUAGACAUUGAUCCUAUCACCAAUAAAUGGUUCGUUACAGGUGGUUCUGACGCCACUAUAAAGGUAUGGGAUCUCGCUACGCUGCAGAUCAAAGCAACAAUAACUGGCCACAUCAUGGGAGUGAGGUCCUUAAAGGUAUCGUCGAGGUUCCCGUAUCUCUUCUCUGGAUCCGAAGACAAGACUGUACGAUGCUGGGACUUGGAGAGAACAAAUUCUGCGGCUGGUUCUCAAAUAAGAGACUAUCAUGGCCAUGUAGGAGGGAUAUAUGCCAUGGAUUUACAUCCUGACCUAGACCUACUUGUCACGGCAGGGCGAGACUCUGCCAUAAGAGUUUGGGAUAUUCGAUCUAGAGCGCAGGUGAUGGUAUUGGCUGGCCAUAGGAGCGAUGUGACCAGUAUACAGUGUGCAUCAAGCGACCCUCAAAUAGUUUCCAGCUCGAUGGACGCGACAAUCAGAUUGUGGGAUCUCCGUAAGGCUGCCACCCAGUUAACAUUGACCCACCAUUCUAAGAGCAUUCGGCUGAUGUUAACACAUCCCCACGAAGCUACCAUGUGUUCAGCUGAUACGGGAGGAAAUUUCAAACAGUGGGUGUUGCCCAGAGGAGACUUAUUGAAUGAAUUCAACACCGAACUGGAUGACAGCAAGAUUGUAAACACAUUAUCCAUUAACCCUGUUACAAACUCCUUAUUCGCAGGGUAUGAUGAUGGAAAGAUGGAAUUCUAUGACUAUGUAACCGGCGACUUGUUACAGAGAACUUACUCUAAACCUGUUCCAGGCUCUGCAGACAAAACUACCAUAUACGCAUCUAAAUUUGACCGUCUGGGAUCAAGAUUCAUUACAUGCGAGGGGGACAAGAGUAUAAAGGUGUGGGCUGAAGAGUAA